AGUGAGGUAGACUUUCUACUCAAGUUUCGUUACUGAAACACCUGCAGACGCUACACAGGGAGUUAACGUUAUUUUGUUUGUAGAACCAUUUUAAGCGUUUUAAAAGACUCAAUUUCUAUCAAGUUGUGUUUUGAACUGUAUCUCAGAGGGUUGCCGAAGCGUUUCUUGGCCAAAUAUGGGGCCUUUUGCGGGUCGGGAUUUGUUUUCGUGGCUCCUGGUGGCCUCUUUUCUCCAGGUGUCGCAGGCCACUUACCUGUGCACCGCAUACCUGAACGUUUCCUACGUCCUUCUUGACACAAACCAAACAACUUGGCAUCAGGACGAAAUCGGGUUGUAUGGACAAGAUUCACCCAAAGCUUCUGUCUCGGGAAAUUUAUAUUUAGCAGACCCAAUCUACGGCUGUGACCGGGACACGGUUUAUCAGCGACCGAACGGCACCAGGGGAUGGAUCGCCUUAAUUCAGCGCGGAUACGGAUGCACGUUCACCGACAAAAUUAACGUCGCGGCCAAGAACGGCGCUGUCGCUGCUAUUAUUUUUAACGAUUAUGGGACGGAUAAUCGAGUUAUUCAGAUGUCCCACCCAGGCACAACCAUCGUAGCAAUUAUGAUUGGCUACGAAAGUGGGAUGGAGAUGGUGAUGCUGCUACAGCAAGGCAUCGCAGUUACCGUAGCAAUAGAGGUUGGAAAGCAGCAUGGUCCCUGGAUGAGUCACUACUCUGUGUUUUUCGUCUCCAUCUCCUUCUUCAUCGUCACCGCGGCAACAGUCGGAUACUUCAUCUUCUAUUCCGCCCGGAGGCUGAACAACCUCAGGCAGCAGAACCGCAAUCAGGGACUGGACUUAACUGGACUUGUGAUGCCCAACAUAUCAGAUGGGCGUUGGGCGGACAUUGCUCUAGGCCACAAAGUGAAAAAGCUGAAAUCUGAAGCAAAAAAGGCAAUUGGUCAGCUGCAGGUUCGCACGCUGAGACAAGGAGACCAGGAGACCGGCCCUGAUGCUGACACCUGCGCAGUGUGUAUCGACUUGUAUAAACCAGGAGACGUCCUGUCAAUUCUCACAUGCAAUCAUUUCUUCCAUAAGUCCUGCAUAGAGCCAUGGCUGCUGGAGCACAGAACCUGCCCGAUGUGCAAAUGUGAUAUCCUUAAAGCCCUCGGAGUCGAGAUGGAUGUGGAGGAGCAUCCACAUAUUUCAGUGCCUGAUUUCAGAUCUUUUUCCAUCUCCGAGGACCUGCAAAGUGAGACAGCAUCACACACACAAAGCGAGACUCCAUCCUCUGGAUAUGCAUCCCUGCACGGAAACGAGCAAUCCGCUCCUACUGAAGAAACGCAAAACGCUCUGCGAGUGGAACCGCUUGAUGUGUCUCCUCUAUAUGAUAAUCUGGCCUUCGAGAGCGAUGUUCACCACCACGAUGAAGUCAGGACCUGAGCAGCACGGACAACCACUAAUACACUACACUGAUGAAGAGGAAUGAGUUGAGGACUUAUAGUCAUAUUGAAGCACUACUGAGCCCUUUUCUGAUUAGUUUCUGACUAAGUGCCUAUAAUAUUCUCUCUCUCGCUCUCUCUCUCUCUGUGGCUAUUUGACACUGUGGAUAAUCUCAGUAAUUUCUGGGUCAAUCAGAGGUCAUGAUUUAAUUAUCUGUGAUUAAUUCAGGGUAUUACUAUACUUAUUCAGGGUAUAAUUCCCACUGUGGUUGUGUCCGGCUAGAGACGACUCCUUCCUUAGCAUCAUGAUGUGUUCAAAGCAGCUGUGGAAUCACAGCGAGAGAGAGAGAACGAGUGCUCCACCUGCUGGACAUCAGUAGACAUAACACACUGUACUUCCCUCUUGCCUUUUGUUUUCAUAGUUUAUUCAAAUAUAUUGUUCCAGUUUUGAUGGAAAUUUUAAAUUGCAGAGUAUAUUGUGCCUUACACACACUUAUGUAUGUGUGCAAAUGUAACGGGGCUACUUUUAGGAUGUCUUGAAUGAUAUUUGAAUAUUUAAAUAAGGGAUGAAAAUAUAUUCUUUACUCUUUUACAAAAUGAAAAGUAAUACAUUAAAAUUUAAACAUUGUAAAUAAAAUAUUUUAUGAAAA